ACAUAAAAUAAAAGAAAGUUGAAGAAGGAGAAGGAGAAGAGGAGUUUAAUGAAUUGAUGAUUUCGUGGCCCAUAAAAACCUUUUCCCACUAGUUUGCCUUAUAGUCUUCCUCGAUUUGAUCGUUUCAUCCCUCUAUUGUUGUAUUAUUAUUAUUUAUCGGUUUCCUUUUUGUAAUAUAUGGAGUAAACGAUAAGAUAACAAAUUAUAAACGUCUAAUCUCCCUCACUUAUCUGUUUUUUUCUCUUUGUAGUUUGCCAGUAAAAUGGCAGUGCAUCAGUUAGCGGUGCAAGAAAAGAGGGGAGAGUUUUCAUCGGGAAGGUAAAGCUUUGCAUAUCCCCAGCCACAGGCAGUCAGCCACCAGUACUGCCUCAAACACACCCCCACUAUUUCCCCCACACCUGCUUAAUAGUAGAGCCAUGAGAUUUGAAGUUCUUUCAAUGCCUUAUUUUCUUUCUGCAUAGCCCGCGUGCGUUCUGCAAACACACCAAACCCCCUUCCCCUUCCUUUUUUCUGUUUUUCUUUUCUUCCAAACAAGUGCAAAAGAAGCUCGAGAGACAGAGAGGAUUUUGUAGUAGAAAGUGAGAAUUAAUGCUCUCUGCUAAUGACUAGGAAGAUCAACAAACAAACUCCCAUUUUCCAAAGGAAAUCUGAGCAGGCUUUGCCAGGUUAGCCCCAGAGAGUAAAAUCCCACAUUUUUCUCAAACUCCACUACCUCCUGCUGCUGCUGCUAUCACUAUUUAGGAGUUCCUAUGAAAAGCCUGUUGUUUGUAGCAUAAAUCUCGGGAGAGUUGUAGAGAUAUUAACAAUCUUUAGGGCAAAAAAAUAGAUUGCGUAGGAAAGAGAAGAGAGAGAAAAUGGGUUGUGUUAUUAUAUAGCAAAGCCCUUGAGGGAACAAACUAGAGGUGGAAACGAAAAGAAAGAUAAGAUAGUGAGAGAUAAUGGAAGGUGGUUCCAGUAGCACUUCUUGCAUGAUGGCUUUUGGACACAAUAGUAAUGGACUGUGUCCCAUGACGAUGAUGCAUCAUCCCAUGACUUCUCAUCUUCAUCCUCAACAUCAACAUCAUCAUCAUCAUCCUAAUUCUGGCUCAAGCUCCUUAUUUCUUCCCCAACCUCCCACCAACAAUCAAGAUCAGAACCACAAUAGCAGCAGUGGAUCCUCUAUGAUUCUAGACGAUCAACACAACACCACCACCAGCAACAACAACAAUACCGGAUGUUAUUUCAUGGAGAGCAACGAUGGAAGCUCUUCUGUCAAGGCUAAGAUUAUGGCUCAUCCUCACUACCACCGUCUCUUAGCUGCCUAUGUUAAUUGUCAAAAGGUAGGAGCGCCACCUGAAAUGGUGGCUAGGUUAGAGGAAGCAUGCGCAUCUGCCGCCACUAUGGGUCCUACUAGGACGGGGUGCAUAGGCGAAGAUCCUGCACUAGAUCAGUUCAUGGAAGCUUAUUGUGAGAUGCUGACUAAGUACGAGCAAGAACUCACUAAACCCUUCAAGGAAGCCAUGCUUUUCCUCCAAAGGGUCGAGUGUCAGUUCAAAGCCCUCACCGUUUCCUCUCCAAAUCCUGCUUGUGGAGAGGGUGUCGACAGGAAUGCAUUAUCCGAGGAAGAUGUUGAUGUGAACAACAAUUUCAUUGAUCCCCUUGCAGAAGAUCGAGAACUUAAAGGUCAGCUUCUGCGGAAGUACAGUGGAUAUUUAGGCAGUCUGAAGCAGGAGUUUAUGAAGAAGAGGAAGAAAGGGAAGUUGCCUAAGGAAGCCAGGCAACAGUUGCUGGAUUGGUGGAGUCGACAUUACAAAUGGCCUUACCCGUCGGAGUCGCAAAAGCUCGCCUUGGCAGAGUCAACUGGUCUGGAUCAGAAGCAGAUAAACAACUGGUUCAUUAAUCAAAGGAAAAGGCACUGGAAACCAUCUGAAGAUAUGCAGUUUGUGGUAAUGGAUGCUGCCCAUCCACACUAUUAUAUGGACAAUGUUUUGGGCAAUCCCUUCCCUAUGGAUCUCUCUCCAACGCUUCUCUAAAGAAAAAAAUGUAUGUGCUUCUAUAUUGCUGCUGCAUUUACAUGCAAAGCUGUCAUAUAAUGUAUUUGAUGGAAGUAUAUUUAUAGCAUCGUAUGAUCGUAUGCAUGCAUACCUCGUGUAUGCGGUUCUAGGCUAUUUAUUAUAUAUUAUUAAGCUGCGACUGUUAAAAUCUAAUAUAUAUAUAUAUAUGUGUGUUUGAUUUUU